CGCAGAAGCUUGCUUUACCCCAGGCGAGCCAGAGAGCGGAAGAGGGGAAAGACAGAGAGAGAAGGGAAGCACGCACAUAGCGGAGCUGUGGCUGAGUAUUUGGACGGGCCUGGCACGUAAUUCGCUUGCAAUCGAAGAAGCCAUAUCCCAGGUUUUUGAGGCAGCGGGCACGAGAUCGAACUCCGACACCAUUUGGGAGCCGUUCCAAAACAUGCCGAACUUGGCCUUUUCUCCGGUUGGGCCUCAGCAUCCUCCUCUACACGACCGAGGCAGCGGCGAAAAAGAGAACGCGCAUACUGCCUCCUCGCCCCCCGUCGGCAGCGUCACCAAGAAAGCCACAGUCGCCGCCGCGGGCUCGACGGUGGUGCGCUCGCCGCUGGAAAGCCUCACGGCGGGUACGAGUAUCGUCUGCAAGCGGGACUCUACCUGCAAGUGCCCGGACUGCGACAUGGCCGCCGCAGUCUUCGGCAUCAAUGACCUGCGGCAGGUGGCUGGCGGGGGCGGUAUCCCGAGCUCUCCCACCGCUAGUGGCAUUCCUCCUCCAAGCGGUGGUGGCGCUCUGGCGCGGAGCCCGCUGGCUGGCGGGGCCAGCAGGGAUGUUGCGAGGGACGACCCCGAUGGUGCGCUGCCAACCUGGACCCCCGCCCCCGCAGUCGAAGGUGAAGGUCUACAGGAGGCCGCGGUGAUGCCCCCGAAGCCAGCCGUUGCCGGUGUCGAUUCUCCCGCCGCGCCGCCGGUGCCCGACUCCGCCGCUCGUGAUGUGCCGCCCAGCGUGAAGAAGGCGGAUGUGACCGCGAUGCCGUCUGCUCCAGCAGACGAGCGCGACGCCGCUGUUCACAAACAGCCCGGCGAGUCAAGCGGCGGAGCGUCUGAAACGGCGGCGGGUGGUGAGACCCCAGCGGCGGCGAGCGCUAAGAGCGCGGGGAGUAAGAAGGGCUGGGGGUUCAGGAUGGCCCGGGCCGUGUUCUCCCCGCUAUCGCCAAGAAAAAAGCAACAGGAAGAUGCCGCCACCGCCGCCGCCGGCGGUAAGAGCGGGACUACGGCGGCGUUGGUGGGCGAGCUCGACGACGAGGCUACCGCGGCUGCUGCCGGCGUGCCGCCGUUGGUGGAAACGACGGUGGAGCCGGCAGCAACGUCCGAGCCGGCAGCAGCGGCGGAACUGGCGCCACCGGCGGACAACGAGAUCCCCAGUUCUGCAGGUGCCGGCAUGGGCGACGGCGGCAAGCACGGCAACACCGGAGCGGCUGACGGCAAUGACGACCUACUGUCUGGAGACGAAUCGGCCCAUGAAGAGGAAGAGGAAGGACUGGUGGAAUACGAGGAGGGGGAUGCCGCCGCUGCCGCUAUUUGCGGCGGGACCUGUAAGCCGCCGGUGGCUGGCAGCACUGCCGUUGCCGCGGGUGUCAGCAGCAACAGCAGCAGCAGCAUCCCAAGGGACAGCAACGACACAGCUACUGGUGGUGCUGCAUGUGGGGGUAUGGAUGUGUUCUUGGGGGAGAGAUCGGCGGCGGCGGCGAGGCGGGCAUCGAGCGGGCGAAGGCUGUCGAAGGACCGAUUCUUCGAGUGCAGCUCGGAGGUCGAACACGUCCUGGCCUCCGACUCCGAGUCAGACUCAGGCGACAAAGACGUCGACCCGUUCUCAUCAAAGGAGCAAGCUUCAGAGUCAGAGCAAGCAGCAGAGCAACCAACGUCUCCGGUGAACGAAACCAACAGCAACCGUAACAGCAACGGCGAAGGCAUUUCAUCGUCUCUGGCCGCUGCCCCGUCGACAUCGGUCACUCUGGCUGCCGCAACCGCAAGCAGCGCCCGCGCGUCAUCUGCUACACCGAUGUCUCUACUGUCGGUGGUCGAAGCGGAUAGCCCCGCGGCAGCGCUGGAGGCUGCUGUGGCUACGGCGAAGGUUGCCGAUGUCAACAGAGACGUUGAGCCCAGAGGGAUGACUGUCGCGGCGAACUCAGCCCCGUCCCAAAAAGGCGAAGAAGCCGAUGUCGAUGGUGGUGCCGCCGCCCCUGGUGAUGAAGCUACCGCUACGCAGGCUGCUACCGCGACGCACACCCCCGAACGGUCAGGAGGUGAAGCCGAUGCCCACGACGGCAAGGAGAAGAGUGCUGCUCGAGACGAGGCCCAGUCGCAGGCAGGGGGGGCGCGUGGUUUGAUGGGUCUGGGCAGGAGGCGAAACAGGCGCCAGGGGACGCAGCUGGAACUUGGGAUGGCGGAGGCCUAUGGGCACGAAGACCACAGGGCUAAGUUUUCCCAAGCAGAGGUUGAUGCCAAGAUCAAGGAGAGGUUGGCAGAAGAGCAGGCGGCUUUCGAGAAGACGGUGAGUGCACUCAAGGCGACGCACGACGCCGACCUGCAGGCCGCCGCGGACAAGCUCCAGCAGUCAAGCUCGGACGGCAACCGCGCAAAGAUCGCCGCGAGGGACGCGGAGGCUCUCGAGCGCGAGAUCGCCAUGCUCUCCGAACGCUACGGCGAAGCUGCCGCCGAGGCUAAGCAUAGCGGAAAGAUGCUGCUGGAGAAGGAGGCAUUGCUGGACGCCGUCACCGCACAGCUGAUGGGGCUGAAGAGCGAUCUGGCGACCACCCGCGCCGAGCACGCUGCGGAGAAGCGGCGGAUGACGGAAACGGCUGAUUCCGAAAGGCGGGCGCGUUCCUUAGCGGAGAGCAAGCUCCAACAACUGGAAGCGGCGUACAACAAACUAGAGGACUCUGAGCGGGAGAAGCGUGCCGCCGGUAUCCUCAAGAUGAAGAACGACAUGAAGGCGCUUGCUCAGCAGCAGUUCGCGGGGGCCAACAAGCAACACGCCGCACUGAGGGCUAGGCUUGAGCGUUCCGAGGCGCAGAUUAGGCUUCUGGAGGAGGCGGCAAAGGACUUGAACGCCAAGCUGGAGACCGCAGGACAAAAGUCAACGGAACUCAGGGGCCAGGUGGAGGCCCUCCAGAAAGAGAAGGCGGAGGCUGCCGCGAAUGCCUCUCGGAGGGAACACGUUCUCCAACAAGAAGCUACUGCUCUCAGGAAUGAGGCCGAGUCUCGACUGGAUGAGAUGGAGGCCAUGGCCCGAGAGCGCGAUGCAGCCAACAACGGACGCGACGUAUCCCAAGAUGCUCUGGCCCGCAUGGCAAUUCGCAACACGCAGUUGAAGGAGUCGGUGGCCGAUUUGGAGGGCAAAGUGAAGGAGCUCGAGGGCUUUUGCACGGAGGCUCUGGAUGAACUCGAUAGAGAAAAGGCCAAGAACGCCUAGGGUAUUCAAUCCUCGAGGAUCUCUUGUUGGACAUGCUAUCGACGUGAUGGUGUGAAAAAAAGGGUGCAGCUGUCGGCGGAUGUACUGUAUAGUGGAGGAAGAGCGAGGUCCGCAGGAACUCCACCCUCUUCCUGAUGGAACUACGCAGAUUCCACUGCAUACGAUGCUACGGGAGUGCGGGUUAGGCCACUUCCUGUCAUUGGUCGAGUCUUGGGGUCAUUGCUUUUGUCAUUGUGGGAUAGCUGAGGGAAUGCUUUGGAAGCUCGUUCAGCAAAUCGGGUGGUAGAGCAGUUUGAGGGCAUCGGUAGCGCCGGUGCCCGCGGUAGUGACAGUGACUCACUCGUGUGACACACAUAACGUGGAGUUGAUCAAGUUGCAUAUUCUGAAAAUGUAGUGCCGAUGUGCUGGCCUGGCAAACGCCAGCACGAUGCGAUAUCGAGUACAGCAGUGAUCAUGUUUUUGUUUUCUGUUGGUGGGGACAGGUGGGCAGACUCUUGUUGUCGUCACAUCAAAACCGUUCCGAUCUCUCUACCCUGCACAGUGAGUGCAUCCGCGGUUGUUUGCUGGUUUACAGUUUCAUGCCGUUUCGACGGCAUUUGUGGUUUCUUGCGUGGUGAACGGCCCGGACUCACCCUAUGAUCCGAAAAGUUGUGCUAACAAGCUUAUU